AAUUAAUGUUAAAAUCUCAACUAGUUGUUAACAAGAUUCUAUCCAGUGGCGAGUUUGAUAUGGAUGCAUUGAAACCUUAUACUUAUUUGUUCAGCAUUAUCCCUAUGACACUCAAUCUCAACCCUUUUCCCAAAGGCUUUUUUGAUAUUUCAGUCUCCUCCCCUAAACUGCGCUCCAUAUCGGGGAAAAGAAUAAACGGAAAACACAGUAUCACUGUUAACCAUCAUUCAACCAAAAUCCAAGAUAAGUUGAAAAGGUAGGUCUUCAGGGGACCGCAUAAGCUUUUCGUACCAGUAGUAUAAAAGCUUAACGACUAACUCUCAGUUGUUGAGUUUGACUUUUUAUAGGAGUCGCUUAGAGGCUAGAUUAAGAUACUGGUAAGUGAGUGAACCCUUUCUAAAAGCAAAAAGAGUAAAGAACUAUCAAGAACAAGCAUUCCUGCAAUGGACCAGACAGACAUUUGCCUCUUACAGCAUUUUACUGAUACAACCAAAAUUUGACUGGUCUAAGUUCAAAAGAGUUUAGUGGGCCUUGAAUGAACAGCUUAAAACUUUUCAUAAUGAAUUCUGGAUUUCUUUAAUAAUUAAUUGACAUUAUAGAGCUGUCCUGAACAGACCUAUGGCUCCCCUCCAGUUAUGAAAUGAAAUCUUGGUGUUAGGUGAAAACCUCUUACAUUACUGUUUAUGUUUUCAUGCAGCGGUUAUCUAGCACCAGAAUAUGCAUUGGGUGGUCAAUUAACAUUGAAGGCUGAUGUUUACAGUUUUGGGGUCCUUGUGCUUGAAAUAAUUAGUGGGAGAAGCAGUGCAAAGGGAAACCGGGGAAGGAUGCAGAAGCUCCUCUUAGAAUGGGCAUGGGAUCUCUAUCAAGAAGAGAAACUAUUGGAGUUAGUAGAUCCUGAGCUAGAGGAAUUCCCAGAAGACGAAGUCAUUAGGUACAUGAAAGUAGCAUUUUUCUGCACCCAGGCAGCAGCUAGCCGAAGACCAGUGAUGAGCCAGGUUGUCGACAUGCUAUCAAAGAACAUUAAGCUCAAUGAAAAACUACUGGCUGCUCCAGGUUUCUUCCAAGCUUUAGGGGAGUUUAGUGGAGCAGAAAAGAAAUCAUCGCCUGAUUCUACUAGCUACCAAAUGAGCUCUGUUCCCAUUACGAUCACUCAGGUAACUGCUAGAUGAGAUGUGACUUUUUAGGGAUAGACAUUAAAGCCUUCAUUCAAUUUGACCAGCAAUUAAAAAAAAAUAAUAAUAACAAA